AUGGCAGACCUUGAAAUCCCUCCCGAGCUUUUGGUCAAGCUAGCCGGUCAAGUUGUCCAAAAUCCCGGAAUUCCAGUAGAUGGCCCGACUGUUUCGGCCUGGCAAGAGCCUUCGCAUCCUCUAGCGAACGUUCAGUCGAAAACUUUGCCAGAAUGCGUCGAUUACGCUAUUAUUGGUUCAGGCAUCACUGGCUGUAGCGUUGCUAAAACCAUUCUCGAAAGUGAGGCGUCGCGAGACAAGAAAGUCGCCGUAUUCGAAGCUCGGUCCUUGGCUACUGGCGCAACGAGCCGCAAUGGAGGAUAUUUGAUGAGCCACGCUCCUACAAACUUCAAGCGUUUUGCGGAUACUUUUGGAGCUCAGGCUGCGAAGGAGAUUGCGCUGUUUUGCAACCGUAACCUCAAGCAGGUCUACGAUCUCACCGUCGCUGAGGGUCUUGAAAAGGAAAGCCAUCUUAGAGGUGUUACAGUAGUCACCACCUUCGAGGAAAAAGAGCUCUUUGAUGAGGCCUGCGAGGCUAUUCGUAUGUACGAAGAAGCCAUUCCCGAGAAGAGAGGCCAACACAAAAUCGUUGACAAGGAAACGGCCAAGAAGGAAUUCAAUUUAAAGAAAACAUUCGGUGCUAUUACCCUCGAGUCCCAUAUGUUUUGGCCAUAUCGACUAGUCACGAACCUUUGGCAGCGCCUGCUUGAACGCUACGCGGGGCGUUUCUCGGUUGAAACCCAGACGCCAGUGACUUCAGUCACGCUAUCCAAGGAUGCUAAGGACCAAUACCCCUAUGUUUUAGCAACUCCGCGCGGGACGGUGAGAGCUGCAAAGGUCUUCCACUGUGUUAGUGGUUUUACGGGCUACCUCCUGCCGAAGCUCAGAGGGCCCCUUUUCCCAUGCCGACUUACCAUGUCAACUCAGAAGCCAGGGCCUCAGUACGGAAAUCGCCCAUACGCGUGGCUCUUCCAUGUGAAUCAGUCAUAUGAUCCCACCACUACCGUGACCGCGCAAGGCUUGUUCUGGAUGCAGCAAAAUGCCCAGUCUGGUGAUCUCUUUGUCGGAGGAGACAUCCAGAGGCUAGACGACUUCUUGUCUUCUGAUGACUCCGUCAUAAGCGCUGAUUCUGCCGCCAAUUUGAUCAAGUUGCUGCCGAACAGGAUUUUUGACAAGGGCUGGACCAAUCCUAUAACUAACUCCGAGUUGCCUUCUGCCACUGCACUUCAUCGUAUCUGGUCCGGCAUCCUCAGUAUGACCCCUGAUCAGGCUAUUGCUCGGAUGGCGCUGGGAGAAGCAAAACCGGAGUGGCUGCCCGAUGUUUACUUGAGUACCGAAAAGCGUCUGACGGACCAGGCAAUGGGCCCAGAGGCAGCGCUUCAUUCCUUUUUCGCAAGAUAG